ACGCGAGGCUCGCCGAGAUGCGUUUUGGGGCGUGUGUGAAGGAACGUGCAUCGCUUCGGUCCCUUAUUUAUUGUUUCUAACGGAGGAGGGCUUUCUCCGAAGGGCUCUUCCGCCCCCCACCCGGUCUGAGGCUGCGCACAGUGGUUUGUGUUUGUUAUCAAAUACAUCGAGAUAUAGAUUUCCCUCGGUAGGAGGAGGUUGGGCUGACGAAAAUCAAAUCAAAAUCAAAGAACGUUUUGUAGUUUUCCGGUAGUUUUCCUUUUUUCUUUUUCGUUUUUUAAAGAUUAAGUGGGGACUUAAAGGCAAGAAAUAAAAGAUGACUAUGGCUGUGAUUUUACAUACAUGUAUAUUUGUAUAUAUAUAACUUUAGGGGGUAAAGUUUUGUUAUUUCCCAGACCCCUUAGGAUUAACAUGACAGAAUCUUCUACCUAUUAAAUAGUUAACAAACAAAUCAGGUAGAGACAGCUUCCCUAGUGGAGGUUAGUUAAACUGGAGUGCGAUAAACAAUUAUCUAGCUUUCCGUUCAGGCUAAAAUCUUUAUUUUCGCUGAUUUAAGAUAUGAGACCUUUCACGACAUAUGAGGAGAACAUGAAUGUUAGAAGUAAUCAUUUCCUCCUGUGAUUGUGCUUUCCCUGUUUUAUUAGCUGUAUUUCUAUAUUCUCUGUUUAUAACCUAUUGGGUUGUAUAUGGUGGAUGAAAUUUUUGAAAAGUAUCGUGGGUGAUAUUUCUGAUUUAUAUUAUUUAUCUCAGUUUUUUAGGGGCGGUUGCUAUGUAUUUUCAGAUACUCAAAUAAUAAAGUUGAGUGAGCGCCCAGAAAAUUAAUUGUUCAGAUUUUUAACGCAGGUAUGGAUUUAUAUCUUUGCAUUAACCUCUGUCUACCUGCUCAUUUCUGGAGGGUUUUUUUUUUUUUUUUGCCUAUUGUGUGAGAAUCCUUAUUGACAAACUUAAAUCUGAUGAUUACCAAGGAGAUUAAGGAAAAAAAGUUUUGUGGACACUAAGUUAUAUCUAUAGCUAUUUGUAGGAAAUGGAAUCUUUCUUAAAAAAUAGAAAGUAUUAUCAUCCAAACAUGAAGGAAUAUUAUGAUGGUGGAAAAAUAUUUGCUAUUUAAAUUUUUUUAAAUAAGAUGUAGAAAUUCGUCAGAAAACAAUAUACAGUAGCGUCAAUUAAGCAAACUGAUUUUUGUCAUUAUAAAGAGGAGACAGUUUAAGUAUGCCUAAAAUGGUGGUCUUUUUCUAGGAGAAAAAGGUAUCCUAGAUUCUUGUCCUAGUUUUACAUUAACAGAUUAAUAUUAUUGCAUGCCCAAUUUUGUAUAUGCCUGGAGUGUACAUUAUUGUACUCUUAAAACUUAGAAGAGGCUACAUCUAACAAAGACCAUGCCAACCUCUUUGAUUAGUUCCUGCUUUGACUUCUGUUCUAGAUUAAAGAAAUGAAUUUAAACUCUGCACAGGGCUCCCUACCAGGCACUGGUAAAACCCUUGAGCAGGAUGCCUCUUCCUUUUCUAAUAAGGAUGGCCCAAAGAGGUUAAGUAUGGAAAUUUGUUCAGGUUUUAUCAUGAAUGAUGGAAUGGAGUUCUAAAACACUCCCACAGUUUCAUCUCUCAGAUACACAACUCCUCAUCAGCUCUUCCCAGUAUUAAGAAAGGAAGGACACUGCUGAUCCUGUAACAUGGAGGAUUGCCUUCAUACCUCAUCUGAGAAUCUAUCCAAAUUGGUCAGCUGGGCCCACAGCCAUGGGACCAUUUGCAGCCUCAUUCCAAACCUGAAACAUUUACUUUCAGAAGGUUCCCAUGGGAACCUGACAGCAAUGUGGGGCUGUAGUGCAGGCCAUGCUUAUCACUGGCCACUGACAGCUACUUGCAGAGCUGGCUCCCAAGAAAGGGUCUGUUUCCAGGAUAACAGAAGUUUUAACUCUGAUAGUCCCAGUAUAAUUGGCGUGCCCUCUGAGACUCAAACUAGCCCUGUUGAAAGGUACCCUGGGAGACCAGUGAAAACAAAGCUAGACUGUAAUCGGACCAGAGACUCUUGUGACUUCUCUUAUUGCAGUGAACCCUCUGAACUGGAUGAAGCUGUUGAAGAGUAUGAAGAUGAAAACACUCUGUUUGACAUGGUUUGUGAGUCUUCUGUUACAGAUGAAGAUAGUGACUUUGAACCCCAACCGCAGAGGCCUCAAAGCAUUGCACGAAAGAGGCCUGGAAUAGUCCCAUCUUCUCUCCAUUCGAGCUCCCAGACUCAAAUGAUUGAUGAAUGCAGCAGUGAUGUCAUCAUUAAGAAGAUCAAACAAGAAAUUCCCGAAGAUUACUAUAUUGUGGCGAAUGCAGAGCUGACUGGAGGUGUAGAUGGACCAGCCCUGUCAUUGACACAGAUGGCAAAACCCAAGUCUCAGACUCAUGCUGGUCCCUCCUUAGGGUCUGCUAAACUGAUUUCCCACGUAACAUCCGCCAUCGGCACAGAGCUGGACCCACAUGGUGUGUCCGCAUCCCCCUCUGUGAUGUCUAGACCAGUCGUCCAGAAGACCACCAGGGUAUCUCUGGCGUCACCUAACAGAGGACCCCCUGGUGCCCAUGGCACCAGCCCGCACGUGGCCAUGCAGAUGCCCGUGAGCACAUCCCAUCCUAACAAACAGAUCAGCAUCCCUCUGUCUGCCCUGCAGCUGCCGGGACAGGAUGAACAAGUUGCUUCCGAAGAGUUCCUGUCCCAUCUGCCCAGCCAGGUCUCCUCCUGUGAGGUGGCCCUUUCUCCCUCAGUUAACACAGAGCCGGAAGUGAGCUCCAGUCAGCAGCAGCCCACAGUCGCUCCAAGCAUAACCACCGAGGCCAUGGCCCAGUGCAUCCCAGACCAGGAUGAAAGAGCAGCUGAGCUCAGCAGGGAGCAGAACGAGAAAACCAUCCGGAGCACGCAGACUGCGCUCCGCAAUUUCCGGGAGUUCCUCAUCUCCAAGUAUCCUUCUGAAACAAGAGAGAUUUAUGUCAUCCCUUGCAAGGAGUUGGAUGCCUACCUGGCCUCUUUCUUUGUGGAUGCCAGGCAGAAGGAUGGAUCCGAGUAUGAACCCAACAGCUUGGCCAAUUACCAGUGUGGACUUGAACGGUACCUAAAAGAACACAGGUAUGGCUACAGUAUCACCAGGGAUAAGGAAUUCAAGCGCUCCCAAGAGGCACUCAAACAGAAGCAGAUUGAACUCCGCUGCAAAGGAAAAGGAAAUAAGCCACACAAGUCCAUGAAGCUGACCUUUGCUGAUGAGCUCAUUCUGCGAAAGAGGGGGCUGCUAAGCCGCUAUAACCCUGAGGGUCUGCUCAACCUCGUCUGGCUCAACAACACAAAAGCGUUCGGGCACUGCACAGGCUUCCACGGGUCUACCUUGAAGUGGGGUGACAUUCGGCUCCGGGUAACAGAAACGGGACUGGAGUACUUGGAGUGGAUGGGUCAAGACACUGGUGACCUAAAUGCUAAAACCAAGAGAGGGGGCACAGACUCCCGUGUGUAUGCCACCCAGCACGCGCCGCAGACCUGCCCCGUACAGGACUAUAAGGAGUAUGCCCAGCGGCGGCCUCCUGCCAUGCGCUAUGAGGAUGCCCCUUUCUACUUGUCCAUCAAGCCGGUCGUGAACCUGGCGGCUCUGCAUUGGUACAACUGCCAGGCCCUCGGCAAGAACAAGCUGGCCAAGAUGGUGAAGACCAUGUGUGAGAAGGGGAACAUCCCGGGCAGGAAGACCAACUUCAGCGUGUAUCAGAGCUGCAGCACCUUGUCCGAGGCCCAGAGCAACCAGCUGGUGCUCAUCUGUAACAGUCUGAGCCAGCAGGCCGCCCAGUCGGUGGCUGGGCACUCCAGCAGUGGCAAUUUCAUCGUCUCUGCCUCCUAUGACUCGUCCUCAGACACGGCUUGACCAGGUGGCUUGAGCCAGAUCCCAGUCUGGUUACUGUGUCCAGAGAAACUGUGAUUAAGCACUGGUUCUUGCUCCCUUUCCUCUGCCCGCAGUAUUAACUUUAUACAAAUAUAAAUAUAUAAUAUAUUUUUCUUUUUACAAAUAAGUCAAUGGAGAUAGUUUAGUAUUACUGACAUAGUAUUUAUAGGCUUAAAGCAGAUGUACUUGUGAUGAUGAAAUGUAAUUACUGUUACAGACUUUACAAAACCAUAUUCUCAGGCAACACAAACUAGAGAAGGAAUUUCGUUUUUUGGGUUUUUUUAAACUGUCAAAAAGGAAACUGAGAGUCAGCCUAGAUACUUGUGUCCUCAACUCUUGCUUUUCCUUCCCACCCCCACCUCUCAUUUUUAGUCUAUUUAAUAAAUGACAGUAUCUUUUUAAUUUUUAAAAUUCUCUGUUAAUCAGGAGGAGACAACAC